UCGUGCUCGGCAUGCUCUUGGGCUAUGCCGGCUUCAGUGGCGCCAUCUUCACGCAGCUCUACCGUGCGUUCGGUAGCGGCGGCGAAGAUGGCGCCACUCUUUUGCUAAUCUUGGCAUGGCUCCCCACUGUCGUCUCGCUGCUGUUUUGCUUCACCGUUCGUGUCAUCCCACGAAUCAGUAGCAGCACGGCGGCGACGGCGAUGGGGCUUGCCGACCAGGAACGCAAGGGCGUGUUGGGUUUCCUUCGUGUCUCCGUCCUCAUUGGCAUCUACCUCCUCAUUCUGAACGUCAUGGAGGUGAAGGUACCCCGACUCUCGACGCAUGUCUACCACAUCACCAACACCUUACUCCUUUUCGUCCUCGUCGUCGGCCCACUCAUCAUCGUCGUGAAGCAGGAGUACCACCAGAUCACCUAUAAUAAGCUUCCGCCGCCGCCGGCGACUCCAUCAUCCUCUUCUGCACCGUCGUCGUCGUCGUCCUUGCAGCAAGACGUGUCAGCUAUGGGAGAUCAAGAGAUGAACUACUCGGUUUUGCAGGCUCUUUGCAGCAAGCACAUGCUACUGCUCUUCAUCACCACCGCCUGCGGCAUCGGUGGCAUCAUGACGGUGGUGGACAACAUGAGCCAGAUUGGGCAGUCAGUAGGGCACUCACAACGCACAAUCUCCAUGCUGGUGUCCCUUGUGAGCCUGUCCAACUACGCAGGGCGUGUGCUGGCUGGCCUGGGCUCUGACUAUGUGGUGGAGUGUUACAAGCUGCCACGCCCACUGGUGCUCACCAUGACGCUCCUCCUCGCAUUCUUCGGCCACCUUCUCAUCGCCUUAGGUUUGCGAGAUGGUUUGUACGUCGCAUCGCUCAUCAUGGGCUUCUGCCUUGGAUCUAUAUGGACGGUGUUGUUCGCCGUAGUGUCAGAGGUGUUUGGGCUCAAGCACUUCUCCACACUCUACAAUUUGUCCACGCUGGCAAGCCCCGUGGGAUCCUACGUGCUGAGCGUGCAGGUGGCAGGCCGUAUGUAUGACCAUGAGGCACAGAGGCAAGGCCAUCUCUGGCAAGAUCUCGCCUGCGUUGGGGUUCAGUGCUUCAGGGCAUCGUUCGAGAUAAUCGCCGGUGUGACGUUGCUAGGCAUGGUGGUGUCCCUAGUGAUGACGUGGAGGACGAGGGCAUUCUACCAUGCUAGGUUCAGUGAUGCUGGUGGUGGUGGUGUCGCAAUCACAGCCGUCGUCACGAUAGAUAAAAACAUCAAGCAACAAGAGGGGUUGGCCGAUCAAAACAAAACACUAGCUACAAGUCAAAGUCUGAGUAUCUGCUAGAUAGUACUAUACUAUAUAUAUAUAUUGCAAGGUUUCAAUUUAUAUAUGUAUAUCUAUAACUUAUUAGUGUCAAGAAGGGUUAGCAUUACA